AGGGCCAAGAAGCGGAAGCCAUUGUUAUCGAGUCAGCCAAGCCUGCUACAACCGCCUUUCAUUCAGCGAGAUGGAUCCCUACUACGCUCCCACUGGGUUCCCGAAUCCCACGGCAGGAGCGACCCCAAUAGAGAAUGCCCCCUACGCCCCCACUGGGUUCCCGAAUCCCGCGACAGUACCGACCCCAAUAGAGAUAACGGGUGAUGGAACCGACUACGACGACGAGGUGCUAAGUGGCGGCAGCGACCGCAGUGGCCAAGGAGACGUCAUCACUCAGGUCGUCUACAGAGUGAACACACCGUCGACCCCAACCGCAACGGGUGGUGGAAACGACCACGACGACGAAGUGCUAAGUGGUGGCAGCGGCGGCAGUGGUCAAGAAGACGUCGUCACUGAGGUCAUCUACACAGCGAAGACACCGUCGACCACAACCGCAACGGGUGGUGGAAACGACCACGACGACGAAGUGCUAAGUGGUGGCAGCGGCGGCAGUGGUCAAGAAGACGUCGUCACUGAGGUCAUCUACACAGCGAAGACACCGUCGACCACAACCGCAACGGGUGAUGGAAACGACCACGACGACGAUGUGCUAAGUGGUGACAGAGGCGGCAGUGGUCAAGGAGACGUCGUCACGGAGGUCAUCUACACAGCGAAGACACCGUCGACCACAACCGUUGACGGCCGAUCAUUGACGGUGUGCACCGUGGUGGAUGGUCCAGAACCCUUGUACUUCCCGGACGACGGCCUCUGCGACUUCGUGUUUUUCGACUCGCUGGGAGUGUCUCCCGAAAACAACGAUUUCGCGGUCGAGCGACAGAGUUCCGCCGUGCAUAGCUUCGUCAAACAGGGACAAGCUGGCCAACGAACACGAUACGGCAUGUCCGUGUCCUUCAGCGAUGCUCAGAACUUCAGUGAUGCGUUCCGCACACCCAAGGGUAAGGCGGAUUACGAGAGCUACUGGACAUACAGCGUCCACGACUGGGGCUUCCUCUCCAUGGACGAGCUCCAGGUCGGAGCGAGGCUGGGCAAAGAUGUCAUCUCCGCGCUGACCACCCUCAACGAGAUGCACGAAUACGCAAUGUCAAAGAAUGUCCAGUGGCCCCGCACGUUUUUGGGAAUCUACCAGAGAUACGAGCCAGUCUGCGACGCAAUUUCGACUUAUAUCAAGAACAUCUUCACUCCGACUGGUAUUGUUCUCUUGGGGCACCUGUCUUACAGCGAUAACACCAGGUCGGAUUGUGUCAUCAUGCCGCCUGUGAACCUUUUCAACCCACGCGGUCAGAAUCCCGGCAUCCUAUACGGUCACUGCAUGAGCGACGCCGUGGAGGCUGCGGCCUGUCUGUGGAAACGCAACGUCCGCAUCAGCAUGUCCCUGUCCGUCACCAUGCAAGCGCGUCGGUACAAGCUUAAAGACGGCAUCGAGGGAGAGCCGCAGUUCUACAGCGACUGCGAAACUGGCGCGUACGAACAACGGAUUACGGCUCAAGAGAUCUGCGAGAAGCCGAAUUCUGGGUACAGUACGAACAUAAACUACGACGACACGUUGCAGUCCCCGAUCACUUACGACCAUGCGGACGGUUUCGCCAUAACGUUUGAGAACCGAGUGUCUUUACGUGAGAAGAUCUGCGACGCCUGGGCGACGCCUGCGACGCCCUCAGCUGCGGACAUGAGAUUGGGCCUGGCCGCGUACGACGUCAACUACGACCGCAGAUCCACGAAGUGCGACCCCGAGUGGAUCAACGGUACCUGGUCUCGGUUGCGCUUCCUGCUGAGGCUGCACGAUUUCCUCCACCGGGUACACCCGGAUGACAGCAUACACGAAGGCUGCGUCGGCGUCUCGUGAUUUUCGGCGAACGUAUGCGCGCCGAGAUGGGAAUAAAAGAUAGGAACGGUCGGUGCA